AUGAUAAUAAGUCUCAUCUGUGUGGUAUUUGUGGCCAAGCAGGCCAUAAUUCUCACACAUGCAACUCAGAUGGAUCAAACAAUUGUAAAAAUAUUGAUGUUGAGAGUUCAACAAGAACAGUCGACAAAAACCUUACAAAUUAUGGAAGUAAGUCCCACAGUUGUGGUUCUUGUGGUCAAACUGGCUACAAUGCAUGCAUAUGCAGCACAAAAAAGUAGUUGUAA